AUGAAUUUCCUUUCUAUAAACGCUAGAGGGAUUGGGGGGCCGGUUAAGGAGGGCUGGAUUAAGGGUUUGAAACAACAAAAUAAGGUUGAUUUUCUUAUGAUCCAAGAAACGAAACUCACGGAUCUCACAAAGUUAAAUGUGGUUAAGUUUUGGGGUAAGCAAGAUUUUGGGGUCGAGGGUGUUGAGGCGACUGGUCUAUCUGGGGGUCUGAUGUGUAUUUGGGACAAGCGGAUAUUCAAGGUUACCAGUCAUGUUAAGAAUAGGAAUUUCCUUUUGGUGAGUGGGAUCAUUAAAGGAUCUCAGCAGAAAAUUAACAUUAUUAAUGUUUAUGCUCCUCAAAAAACGACGGACAAACUGAGUCUGUGGAACAAGAUUAGAGAAGUGAUGAUUGGGGUCGAAGGAAUGUGGGUAAUCGCUGAGGAAUUUAAUGCGGUUCGAAACCAAGACGAGCGUAAAAACUCUAGUUUUAAAAAUGCUUGUGUCAGGAAUUUUAACGAUUUCAUUUUUGAAGGGGAUCUUAUGGAAUAUGAUCUAAAGGGUAGAAAAUACACGUGUAUAAGGAUAACGGCAGGAAGAUGA